CACAUCCUGCGCGUCUUGUAUCUAUGGAGACCGCAACAUGGCGGCGCCUUGAGUUCUGAGCGUUGGUCAGAACCGCGGCAAGAGGCCAAGGAAGGUUUUUGUCCUGGAAGAUCGCCUUCUCUGGGAAGUCGUGGCAGGGGUGUCCUCCAUCUUCUCACGGAGCCCUGUGGGACUGCGACUUGGAUGUGGUCGAUCAGACCGGAGACCCUGAAAACAAGGAAGGAACAGCUCUAAGUAGGGGCUUCCUGUAGAAUCUCCUGAAGUCAAAGACAGUGAGUAGGGACAAGACUGCAAAGCCAUCCUCAGGAGAAAACUGCUAGGACUCUCCUCCCUGCCUACCCAGCUUGUGUUUCUUGGAUUCCAUCUAAGCAUCCACUGUAUAGCUGAAGCAGGCAAGACAUACUCAGAGGAAGCUAGAGAGUCAAAGUCAUCGAAAGGUAAUGGGUGUAUUUCUGUGACCCCCACCGGGAGCUUGGUGAGUAAUGUUGGUGUGGUCCAGUAGGGAAAUGGAAGCUGGGCCUUCUCCCAAAUGCUUGUUCUGAGUGCUUUCCCUGGGUGUCCCGUGACUCACCACGUAGGAAAACCCUAGAUCUUGUGUCCAGUCUCAUUUUUCAGGUGCCACCUGUACUUCCUGCCAGGCCCAAGAAGCAGGCCCUCUGCCCCACCUCGGGGAAGGUCAUGGUUCCUGACCUGUGUGCGCACCCAGCUUGACUCCCAGCUGGAACUGGCGGGAGCUCCUGGCUUAGCUAGGGUGCUGCUCUGGACUCACGUUUCAGGUACCCACACCCACCUGGGCAACGCCACGCUGCAUCAUGAGGCCCGAGGACAGCAGAGACUGCACUGUGAUCUCCAGCGGAUCAUACCAGAGUAGCAGCACGGUGGCUGUUCCCACCAUCAGCGGCAGCAGCAAGGGUACAAGUGCUCGCAGCAGCAAUGUCAGUGCCCAGACCCUCAGCCCCACAGACACUCAAGUGUGCUCCCCUAAGAAGCAGGAGAGAGUGAAGAAGAGGGUGGUCUGGGGCAUUGAGGUGGCCGAGGAACUGCAGUGGAAAGGCUGGGAGCUGGGGAAGGAGACCUCGAGGAGCCUGGUCCUGAGAAACCUCACCUUGAAAAUUCAGAGGAUGAAGUACAGGCCUCCCAAGACCAAGUUCUUCUUCACGGUCAUCCCUCAGCCCAUCUUCCUGAGCCCCGGCAUAGCCUUCACUCUCCCCAUUGUCUUCCGGCCUCUGGAGGAGAAAGAAUACACGGACCAGCUGUGGUUUGAGAAAGAAGAGGGGGUGUUCAGUGUGGAUCUGAGGGCUACCCUCCCCUGCCACAAGCUAGUCUGCCCACCACGCCUGAUGCUGCCCAUGUGUGCCGUUGGGGACACAGUCGAGGCUGGGUUCUGCCUAAACAAUGUGGGGGACCUGCCCACCUUCUUCGCCUGGGAGUUCGCCAGCCCGUUCCAGAUACUCCCCGCCACGGGGCUGCUGGAACCAGGCCUGGCCUGUAGGGUCAAAGUGACCUUUCAGCCCCACAUAGCUGUCAUCCACGAAGUCCAAGCCACGUGCUGGUACGGGGAGGGCAGCAGGCAGAAGAGCAGCAUUCAACUGCACGCUGUAGCUAAGUGCGCCCAGCUGCUGGUGAGCAUAAGGCACAAGCAAGCAGGGGACCAGGACACGGAGAGCUCUCAGAAGCUGCUGCACUUCGGCUCCGUCGCUGUGGGCUGCAGCGCCGAGAGGCAGAUCAAGCUGUGUAACCCCUCUGCGGUGAAUGCCCCUUUCAAGAUUGAAAUGGCCACAGACAUGCUGGUCAAAGACCAGGCCUUCUCAUGCUCCAUGGCCCAAGGCAUCAUCCCCCCAGGACAGAAGAAAUAUGUGUCAGUGUUCUUUCAUCCCAAGACCUUGGACAACAGAGCUGUGGACUACUUUUCCAUCAUACCUUCGGGUGGUGCCUCCCAGACCCUGCUCCAAGCUGUCGGUUUCAGUACAGGUCCUGCUGUGUCCCUGCAGCACUACUGCGUCAACUUUAGCUGGGUCAACCUCGGGGAGCGCUCAGAGCAGACCCUGUGGAUUGAGAACCAGGCGGACUGCACGGCCCACUUCCAGUUUGCCAUUGACUGCAAGGAGAGCGUCUUCAGCAUCAGGCCCCACUUUGGGAGUCUGGUAGGCAAGGACCGCAUGACCCUGCGCUGCACCUUCCAGCCCACUCACCCCAUCAUCUGCUUUCGGCGGGUGGCCUGUCUCGUCCACCACCAGGACCCACUGUUCCUGGACCUGAUCGGGACCUGCCAUUCGGACAGCACCAAGCCGGUCAUCCUGACCCCUCAGCACCUCACCUUCUAUCGCACACACCUGGCCCGGGGCCUGACGCUCUAUCCUCCUGACAUCCUGACUGCCAUGUUGAAGGAGAGGACACUGCAGCGGGACAGCAACGGGACCCUCAUGCUACCCCCUGAGGACCUGCAGGGACCAAAAGCCCCGCAGCACCCCAAUAUCCCCCCCAUGAUGGAGUACUUCUUCGAUGGCACCAGGGACACAGCCAUCUUCCCCCCGCCUGUCAGUGUAGAGCCAGCCGAGGUGGACUUUGGUGGCUGCCCUGGGCCUGAGGCCCCUGCCCCUGUCCCGCUGUGCCUGAGGAACCAUACCAAGGGCAAAAUCACAGUGGCCUGGACGCGACGGUCUGGCUGCCCCUUCUGGGUGACCCCCGAGACCUUCUGUGUGCCCCCACUCAAGUCCAUGGCCAUGCACCUGCACUUCCAGCCGCCCGGCCCCCACGGGCUCUACGCUGUGGAGCUCGAGGCCUUUGCUGUUUACCAGGUCCUGCAGAGCUACCACAACAUCGAGGAGGACUGCACCGUGUGCCCAUCUUGGUGUGUGACGGUGCGGGCUCGAGGCCACAGCUACAGUGCUGCCUUGGAGCACCACGUGCCCCAGUAUUUCCUGGAUGCACCCAAGCUGUUUCCUGCAGUGCCUGCCGGCAAACCUUCCUACCGCAGCCUGCUCCUGGUCAACAAAGGCUCCAUGCUGCUGACCUUCAGCCUGACCCCCAAUAGCAGCUCGGACAUCACCCUGCGGCCCACCUCAGGCCUCCUAGCCCCGGGUGCCCACCAGAUCUUCCUCAUCAGCACCUACCCCAAGGGCACCUCCUGGAAGCAGCACAUUUUCUACCUGGAGUUUAAUUUUGGUUCCCAGUAUCUCAAGGAGGUGAGCAUGCAGAGUCGAGAGGAGCCGCUGCAGCUGAAGCUGGACACCAGCAAAUGUGUCUUCUUCAAGCCCACCUGGGUGGGCUGCUCCUCUGACAGCCCCUUCACCUUCCGAAACCCCUCCCGUCUGCCCCUGGAGUUCGAAUGGAGGAUCUCCCAGCAGCACCAACAGACACUGGCUGUGCAGCCCUCCAAGGGGCUGAUCCAGCCCAAUGAGAGCCUUACACUGACAUGGAUCUUCAGCCCUUUGGAGGAGACCAAAUACCUGUUCCGAGUGUGGAUUUUGGUCUGGGAAGCUGGCCUGCACCCAGAUGCCAAGCCAUCUGCCACUAUGUACUACAUGAUCCGACUGGUGGGCUUGGGCAUCACCAGCAGCCUCUCUGCUGAGACAAAGGAGCUGGACUUUGGAAACAUGCUGGUGGACAGCAGACAGUCCAGGAGCCUGGUGCUCCUGAACGACGGCAACUGCACCCUCUACUACCGCCUGUACCUGGAGCAGCACAGCCCCGAGGGCCCUAAUCAAGACCCCCCUGCUCUGCAGCUGGAGUGCUGUGAGGGGAGUGUGCCACCUCACUCCCAGGACACCGUCAUCCUGACCGCCUGCCCCAAGCGCAGGGCCCAGUACUCCUGGACCAUCAGCUACUCUCUCCUGUCCCACAGAGAUAACAAGGUUGGUGAGAAGCAGAAGCUGUGUCAAGUCUCCCUGGUGGCCGUGUACCCCUUACUCUCCAUCCUGGAUGCCUGCGCCCUGGGUGGGGCUGAGGGCAUCACCCGGAAGCACCUGCGGCGCCUCUUCUCCCUGGACACCCUCAAUACUUACUUGGGGUGUGACCCCACCCCCCGUGAGCUCACCUACAAGGUGCCCACCCAGCACAGUGUGAGCCAGAUCCCCCCUGUCUUUACCCCUUUGAAACUCGACUUCAACUUUGGGGCGGCGCCGCUCAAGGCUCCACCCUCCGUGGUGCUCCUGGCCAUGAAGAACAGCGGCGUGGUGCCCUUGGACUGGGCCUUUCUCUUUCCAAGUGACCAGAAAAUUGGCUUGGAGCUGUGGGCAGAGCAAAUAGAGUUUGACUGCACUGAGCUCCACCAAAUGCGCAUAGAGGAUAAUCGAAUCUUUUCCAUCAGCCCCAAGGCUGGAAGCCUGAGCCCUGGGCAGGAGCAGAUUGUAGAGCUCAAAUACAGCCACCUGUUCAUAGGCACCGAUCGCCUCCCUGUGCUCUUCAAGGUGUCCCACGGCCGGGAGAUCCUGCUAAAUUUCAUAGGUGUGACAGUGAAGCUGGAGCAGAAGUACGUUCACUUCACGUCCACGAUCCACCAGUUCAUCCCUGUCCCCAUCGGAGACACGCUACCCCCACAGCAGAUUUAUGAGCUCUAUAAUGGUGGCUCAGUGCCUGUGACAUAUGAGGUCCAGACCAGCAUUCUGUCACAUGUUCAGGAAAAAAAUUUUGAUCAUCCCAUCUUUUGCUGCCUCAACCCCAAAGGGGAGAUCCAGCCAGGCACCACUGCUCAGAUCUUAUGGAUCUUUUCACCCAUCGAGGCCAAGACCUACACGGUGGAUGUGCCCAUACACAUCGUGGGAUGGAACUCAGCCCUCAUCCAGUUCCAGGGUGUGGGCUACGACCCCCAUGUCAUGGGGGACACGGCCCCAUUCCACAACAUCUCCUCAUGGGACAACAGCUCCAUAAACGCGAGACUGAUGAUUCCUGGACAGAAUGUCUUCCUGUCCCAGUCUCACAUCACCCUGGGAAACAUCCCCGUGCAGAGCAAGUGCAGCCGCCUCCUCUUUCUCAACAACGUCUCCAAGAAUGAAACAGUUGUCUUUGCCUGGCAGCCACGGCCUCUUGACUUUGGGGAGGUAUCUGUGAGUCCCAUGACAGGGGAGGUGGCUCCUGAGGAGACAGUCCCAUUCGUGGUGACUCUGAAGACCUCAGUGCAUGCCAGCUUCUACAGCGUGGACCUGGUAUGCAAGGUAUACCGGCAGGAACUCAUGAGACAGUAUCACAGGGAGCUGCAGCAGUGGAAGGACGAGAAGCUGCGGCAGGAGACGGAGUUCACUAUCACAGACAGGAAAGUGGAGAGGAGAGCAUACUGUACAGCCUGUGACCCUGUGAGAAGGUACAAGACACUGCCCCCUAUCAUGAAUCAGCAAUCUCUUGGCCGGCCAGCCAGCUGGAAUCUUCAGAUCACACGGGAGGACAUAACCUGGCCAUGCCCUCAGCCACCCAUGCCAGACAUCCUCAGCCUGGGCCUCACUGCCAGAGCCCAUUCCACCGACUACUUCCUGGACAACUUCUUCUCGGAGUUUCCCUGCCACUUCUUGCACUGGGAUCUGCCAAAGAGAAAGACCCCCGGGGAAGAGUCAGAGGCUCCUAGCAACCAGGAGGGCCCAAUUUCCAAGCAGAAGAAGCAACUCUUGGUCGACUGCCUCACCGCCAUCAUCAGGGGCCUGCUGGAAGACAAGAACUUCCACGAUGCCGUGAAUCAAAGCCUGGUGGAUCAGGUGCCUUACUUCUGCCAGUUCCGGAACAAGGAGUCAGCCCGGUUCACGGCCCAGAACACUCUGUACUUACUACCAACUCUGCCUCUGCCCUCCAGUGGCUUGGAGGCCAGGAAAGGCGAGGAGCAGGAGAAGGAUAUGCAAGGACUGGGGAAGCAGGAAAGCGGGAAAGACACGGGUGAGAAGAAAGAGGGGGAGCUGAAGGGGCUGCGUGAGGAAGAGAGUGAGGAGGAGGAAGAGUUGAGCGAGGAGGAGGAGGGAGAGGAGGAGGCAGCAGAGGAGAAAGGCGGGAAGAGGACCUGGCCAGGGACGAAGUCCGCAUCGAAGCACUGGCCCAGCUCCCCACAGUCCCAGCCGUGGCAGUGGCAGCAGGACCUGAAAGUCGAGGAGCAACAGCAGGAUGAGAAGGAGGCCACUGGCAGGCUGCCCGCCUUCGCCAACCUGCGGGAGGCGCUGCUGGAGAACCUGAUCCAGAACAUCCUGGUGGAAGCGAGCCGCGGGGAGGUGGUGCUCACCUCGCGGCCCCGCAUUAUCGCCCUGCCGCCUCUCAGCACGCCCAGAACUCCAACCCCACUUCAGCUGCCGCGGAUCCCUCCAGCGGCGGUGCCCGACGCGCUGGCUCUACGCAGCACUUACUCUCUUGUGAUGCCCGUGAGCAGCCCCUCUGGCCUGCCGCCCUGACUCCGCCUGACCCGGUUCCAGGCCCCGUCAGUAAAGAUCCAGCCCUUUUCUGCA